ACUUCAGCCCCAUUGGGGUUUCAAUUGCUUACUAUGCUGGAUAAGUCCAUCUCUUUGGAUUUUUUCCUAGAGCUUCCUGCCGUAUCCCGCAUCCCCGAUUUUGACCUGAAGCUUCUGCGCAGGCAACUACUAAGUACCUUUCAAGAUCCGAACUCCUGCGACAGUGAACCUCGAAUUUCUUGCCUUGAAGGCAUUGUACGAAACCCAACUCGCAAGCAUGUCCGGCAGCGGCGAUGUGACCCUCUUCGAAGAGUCCUUUACUGUUACCAACUACGAUCAGUCCAAGUACGAUCGAGUUGCCCGAAUCUCCGCUACUUCGACAGACAACCAGACUCUCAUGACUCUUGACAUCAACAUCGAGCUAUUCCCUGCUUCCGUUUCUGACAGUCUGCACGUGGUCUUGGCUACUUCCCUAGCCCACGACGGGAGCAAGGACGACGAGAAGGGAUGGAGGGACGUCACUAAAGGGAACCAAGACCGGGAGCCCACGCUCGCCGACAUGUUUGACUACGUCUGCUACGGAAAGAUUUACAAGUUCGAGGAUGCCGAUGAUGGCCAGACCAUCAAGGCCUACGUCUCCUUUGGCGGUCUCUUGAUGUCACUCGAGGGCCCCUACAAAAAGCUUACUCCCCUGAGAGUCGACUACGUCUAUCUGUUGAUCAAGAAAUGAUGAAGGGCCAGCUGGAAUUGCCUACAAUGGGCAGCCUGCAGCUUCGCUUCGUUCCAUUCGGUCGCGCACGAAACCUGAGGCGACACAAAGUCCACCGAGCCGGAUUAUGUCCGAGAAGAAUCGAGAACUGGGAUGUUGUCAGAGUUGAGGGCGUUCAGGAAGAGUACAGAAUCGGCGUGUUGGUCUGUUGACGAUAUCCUCCGUCCUCGGCUGUCUGGUCGGCUCAGCCGUUGAUGGCCCCUAAAGAUGGGUCCUGGUUAUGCGGCCCAGGGAAGGGAAGUCUUCGGUGGAUUCUUCGUACGAUAUGAUCGUAUUCAGGUUCAUUGGCUCUGGUCAGGAUGCCGUGGCGGAUAAAAAAGUCGAGAAUGACCAGCGCACAGUUGGGCUUCCACUUUCCGUUGGCCAACCCCUCCUGGACUUCCUCGACGGUGCAGAGGCUGAACUCGGCCACCUCGCCGUCCUUUGGCUGCGGCACAACGUCGUCGGGUAGCUCGAGAUCAUAAAUCCAUUGAACUUCGGGAUAGAUGAGCCCCUCCUCGCCUGCCUCUGCCUCGGUGAUAUAAAUGUACGUUACGCCGCCGACGUGCUUGGCCUGGUGGCGAACCACCUGCUCCGGCAGGCUAGCUUCCUCGUCUGCCUCGCGGAUUACGCACUCGAAUGGGUCUUCGCCUGUCAUCAGCCCACCAGCCACCGUGUUGUCCAGCAUUCCGGGGAACGUCGACUUGGUUGGGGAGCGACGCGGAACCCAAAUCUUGAUACCGUGACUCGCAUCUGGACAGCGCACAAAGCCCGUCAUGUGAACGCCGUAUCUCGUGACGCCAAACAAUCCGGAGGCGGUCCUCUCAAUAUCGAAGAGAAGCUCGCCAUGGCGGCCGUAAACAGGCCACAGCUCGUCGCGCCAGCCACGGAGGAUGGGGAAGAUGUCGUUGGUUCUCCAAUAGCUGGACAGAUCUGCCGCGAUAUUGCUGCGACUAUCUAAUGUCGGUCCUUGAAAGGCGCGAACGGUACGCUUCUCUGAGUUGACCUGGAUCUCGCCCUUUAAGAUGCCGGGUGCCUCGAGCAGCUUUUCCACCACCCUUGGCAAGACAUACCCGAUAGGCACCUCGCCCUCCGAAUCAUUCCAGACGAGGGUGUAGACAGACCCAGGAGUCUCAGUAGGCUGCGCAUUGUCCUGCCCAUAUGGAUACCUGUAACGUUGGUCAGCUGGGGGGCAGUCUUCACGAACAGGGGAUUGACUCUUACGAGUCUACUUGGUCGAUAAGCUCAAUGUUGGAAAAAGUCUUCAUCUUGUGGAGGUAAUUUCUUCUCGCAAUUCGGACGACUGCUUGGUGUAUGUGGUGGGGUAAAAGCGUCCGUAACAUGAAAGCUUUGGUGAUGAUUUAAUUAGACGAUCGUGUGACAGUUCAUUUCUCCCUGCUUGAUUGAACAAAUAUGUAUGUCCUCAGGGCCGUAUCGACAUUGGGGUUACAGGCCGAUUGCCUG